UUCAUCCCUUCCAUUUUUAUUUUGUUUUCUUAAUUUUCGUCUGUGGCCUCUGUUCCCGCGGGAGCGAAAAACUGAAAAAACUUAUUGGCAAUGGCUUGUAGGCUUCCGACGCAGCUAGCUACGCCUGGAAAACUCCAUCGUCCUCAUCACACGAAGCUCUCUACCUGCCAUGGCGCACUGUCCUGGCGCCGUACUUUAGCACCAGACACUCUCUGUUCUUCAACCCCAUCUUCUUCCACAGCUCUCUCUGUGAGUUCUUACAAGCGACCUCUAGUAACGUGUACUGCUGGGACGAAUAUUGGAGCCGUGAAUCUUGCUCCCGGGACGCCGGUUAGGCCUACCAGUAUACUUGUGGUGGGUGCUACCGGAACUUUGGGCAGGCAGAUUGUAAGGCGGGCACUCGACGAAGGCUACGAUGUGAGGUGCCUCGUAAGGCCUAGACCAGCUCCUGCUGAUUUUCUUCGUGACUGGGGUGCCACUGUUGUCAAUGCAGACCUUAGCAAACCGGAGACAAUUCCUGCAACAUUGGUUGGCAUUCACACUGUUAUUGAUUGCGCCACAGGGCGCCCGGAAGAGCCUAUAAAGACGGUAGAUUGGGAAGGAAAAGUUGCUCUCAUACAGUGUGCAAAAGCUAUGGGAAUCAAGAAAUAUGUGUUCUUUUCCAUUCACAAUUGUGAUAAACACCCUGAAGUUCCAUUAAUGGAGAUUAAAUAUUGUACUGAGAAGUUUAUUCAGGAAUCAGGCCUUAAUUACCUUACUAUUCGAUUAUGUGGCUUUAUGCAAGGCCUUAUCGGGCAGUAUGCUGUACCUAUACUAGAAGAGAAAUCUGUUUGGGGAACAGAUGCGCCUACUCGAAUUGCCUACAUGGACACACAGGAUGUAGCUCGUCUAACAUUUAUAGCUUUACGAAAUGAUAAUCUCAACGGGAAACUUCUAACAUUUGCUGGUCCUCGUGCAUGGACGACUCAAGAGGUGAUAACAUUGUGUGAGAGGCUUGCGGGGCAGGAUGCAAAUGUUACAACAGUCCCAGUUUCCAUCUUGAGAGUCACUCGACAACUAACUCGGUUGUUUCAGUGGACAAAUGAUGUUGCCGAUAGACUGGCAUUUUCGGAGGUUCUUUCUAGUGACACUGUCUUCUCAGCUCCAAUGACCGAGACAUAUCAUCUGCUCGGUGUGGAUAGCAAAGAUAUAAUUUCCCUAGAGAAAUAUUUACAAGAUUACUUCACAAAUAUUCUGAAGAAAUUGAAAGAUCUCAAAGCACAGUCAAAGCAAACGGAUAUAUACUUUUGAAGGAAGAGGCCAUCUUACAAUGAUGUAGAGGAAGCCAUGUAUGUAUUGACAACUUUUGGUGCUUGAUACCCCUCAUUUUCAAGCAUUUUACUCAUUUUCAAUACGCCUCCCCCCUUGAAUACUUUUCCCUUUAAUCUCUUUCAAAAAUUUAUUUUGUAGAAAGUAAAUUGUUGAGUGCCAAAGCAACAUACUGAGAUGGCAAAAUUACAUGAAGUCAAUCUUAAAUUGCUAGUUGGUUAGUCCUGUCAAGCUAUGUAAUGUGUACAAAAUUAAAUUUGACUUCAUUCUUUUUGGUAUUAUAA